GGCAGCGGCAUCUUUGCAAAGCGGGAAGGCGGCAGAAGCGGCGCGCUGCGCUUGCAGCUGGGCGUCCAGCCCGCCCCGGCGCCGGGAGAAUAACGGGACGCGCGGCCGCCGGGCGCUGCGCCUCCGCCGGCCAGGAGCAGGCUGUGGGGUGCAGCCCGAUGCCGGCAAGGGAUUCCGUGUCAGAAAAAAGGGACUCCAUUAAUCAUGACCAGCAAUCUGGACAUUUUUGUGGGGAACACAACCUUGAUUGAUGAGGAGGUCUAUCAACUGUGGCUAGAUGGAUAUUCUGUGGACGAUGCCGUCUCUCUCCGCCUACGCUCUGGCAUCCUGGAGCAGACCGGAGCCACGGUUGACGUGCUCCAGAGUGACACCAUGGACCAUUACCGCACUUUCUACAUGCUGGAGCGUCUCCUCCAUUCGCCCCCCAAAUUGCUGAACCAGCUGCUUUUCCAGAUCCCGCCUUGCCGACAGACCAUGCUGAUUGAGAGGUACUAUGCCUUCAAUGACGCCUUUGUCCGCGAGGUCCUGGGUAAAAAACUAUCAAAAGGAACCAAGAAAGAUCUGGAUGAUAUCAGUGCCAAAACGGGGGUGACCCUGAAAAGCUGCCGCCGACAGUUUGACAAUUUCAAGCGUGUUUUCAAGGCCGUGGAGGAACUGCGUGGAUCUUUAGUUGAAAAUAUUCAACAGCACUUCUUGCUUUCCGAUCGCUUAGCCGGGGAUUAUGCUGCCAUUGUGUUUUUCGCCAAUAGUCGCUUUGAGACGGGAAAAAAGAAACUGCAGUAUUUGAGCUUCGAGGAUUUUGCCUACUGCGCCGAGCAGAUGAUCGAGAACUGGACUCUGGGGGCGAUGGAUACGAACGUGGACGACAUGGACGUCGACUUGGAUAAAGAAUUUUUACAGGGCCUGAAAGAGUUAAAGGUUCUGAUUGCAGACAAAGAUCUGUUGGAUCUGCACAAGAGCCUGGUCUGCACAGCGCUGCGGGGGAAGAUCUCCGUCUUCAGUGAGAUGGAAGCCAAUUUUAAGAAUCUCAGUCGGGCUUUGAUCAACAUUGCCUCGAAGCUUACCCACAGCAAAGACGUCCGGGAUUUUUUUGUUGAUCUGGUGGAAAAGUUUGUGGAGCCGUUUCGAUCUGACAAAUGGAGCUCAAACGACGUGCAGCUUUUCCUGACCCAGUACACAGCCAGCGCACACUCGUUGGAAGUGUUCAGGCAUCAAGUGCUUUGGGAACGAUAUAUGGGCACCCUCAAGGCCUGCCUCCUCAAGAUAUACCACGACUGAACCCCACUAUCUUAAAUUUCUUUUUUCUUUUUGCUUUAUUUUAAAUAGAUGUUAAUAUUCCCUCUAGGGAAAGACCCGGUGCCAUUCCUCUGUGAUUGCUCUCCUCGCACCCGUAGCCCAAAAUUCAUCCUCCCCCUUUUUUCUCUUCUCUCUCUCUCUCUCUCUUUUUUUUUUUUUUUUUUUUGACAAUGAGGA